AGAUCGAUGAGUAAGGGCGCGCACGUAUUCCUCCCUGGAGCCCCUCCUAUUCGGGCGUUCGCGUAGAGCCGGUCCUGAUGGCGAGAAGCGUCAACAAUCUCCCUCCCUUCUCCAGUCCCCGCCGAUGGAGUCAGAAGCACCUGUUGCUCGCCUACCUGUUUUACUCGCUCCUCGCUGGCACCACUUCGUCAGUACCAGUCAGUACUCAGUACGUCGCGCGGCGUUACGGCGGGGAGAUCCUUUCGCGCCCAAGUAAACGCGUGUUUGUGAAAUCGCGAUCCACGUGAAGCGCGUAUGGAAAAGAUGCUUCGCCGCGACGGCUGAAAAACACUCGUGAGAGAGAAUUCGAUCUUGGUCGGGCGCCGCGCGCCGCGCCGCGUCGCGCCGCGCCGCCGGUCGAAUCUCACGCAUCUCACGCGACCGACCCCCUCCCCCCGGCCCCGUUCUGUUCGCACGAUCCGCAAACCGAUCGCGAGCUUCUCUUCAUCAUCGUGGUAACGUUAGAAGGCCGCGUUCCUCGUCAUCUCUAUCCGUCCACGACGCAUUUUGCGCCGCGCGCCGCGCGAGAACAUUACGCGCGCGCGCGUGCUCAAACGCGCAUCGUUCGGAUCGCUUGCCGCUUCCAAGUCGAUUCCACACCGAUUCGUCGGCCUGGGUAUAGGAAAGUCCCGGAGAGAUAAUUGACAGCUAUCAAUCGUUUCCUACCUUCAAAUAUUCGCAUUCGGCAAGCAAGGGAUGAGAUACGAUAUAGAGGAAUAACAGUGAAUCCUUCGGAGCAUCUUGCCGCUUUGCGUUUUGCUUCGAACGGAUCGCGGUUUGCGCGCGCGAAACUAUGCGACGAAAUUGACGAAGACACGACGAAGAAGGAAAGAUAGAAGGAGAGCGAGUUACGGAGGCAAGUCGCGCGCGGUAAGAAGGCCUCGCGACGACCGGUUGAAGCCGCGCGAGAAUAUGCGCGAGAGAGACUGAUCUGAGAGCGGGAGCCGGGAGCCGGGAGCGAGCGAACGAGCCAUGGAGGACGCAGCAGCAGCAGCAGCAGCAGCAGCGCGGGAUGCCUGCUUCGGGGCGGGCAGCGUGGCCGGAGCCGUGAUCGGGACCUUUCUGACGACGAUCCUUCUGCUCGCGGUCGCCACGCUUCUCUACAGGCAGUGGCGCCGACAUAAGAGUAAACACUUGGUGCUGGUGACAGAUCCCGAGAUUGCCGAGGAUGCGUACGCCUUCGACAAUCCUUGCUUCAAGGACGCCACGCCUGCGGCAGUCGGUCGCGUCACAGAGAGACCGUCAUCGGUUGUACCCGGGGACACACCCGCGAAGGAUUCCACGCGAUGGUCCACACCCUGGAUGUCCCUGGGCCUCGGCUCGGCAAUCCGCAACGAUAAACGUCGAACUCUCGACGACUCCUGCGUCGGACCCAAGGCCACCAGGGUCAGCUUGGUCAAUCUGCGUAGCCGUGACUUCACCGGCCUGGGUUUUAACGUGUGCGGCAACAUGAGGGAGGGCAUUUUCGUCAAGGACCUACUGCACCGCGGACCCGCAUCCGAAUCCGGACGGAUACACCCUGGUGACCGUAUCUCCAGCGUGAAAAUCAGCUUCCGCAACAUGGUAUACGAGGACGCAUUGACAAUCCUGAGCUACGCCUCGCCAUACGACGUAGAGCUGGAAGUGGAGAGCGGUGGCAGCGGUUCCAAGCCAGCGACGUUGCUGAAGAAAAGCGUGGGUCCGAGUCCGACGAGGAUCUGCCAUCCUCUCUACAGAAGCCAAUCGAUUCCGGAGAUGUCGCGGGGUCAGAAAAGUAUCGCGAAACGGCUGUUCAUAGCCGAUCCGAACGAGUCCGUGGGAUCCACUUAUUCGACGAUGAACUCGACUCUGAAGUCUUCAAAAUCAACGCCGGGUAGCGGGCAAAGUCUCGAGAGGCGUCACGACGAAGUAAAGAACAAUCACCAUCACAAGUUCGGCAUCAAGGUGUUGCCGGCGUUGGACGGCACCGUGCACCGCAUCGAAAAUCAAAAUGAGCACAAUACAAAUCUGGAAAGAAGGCACUCGCGCAAGAUAGACGCGGAGAAGUUGCUGACAAAUAGGCAAUCUGAGACUUUGAGCGACGCCGACGAGAAGAAGCUCUGCAACGAGCAUCUUCAACAACGCGCGAAUCACGAGGUCGUCCCGAUAAAAAUUACUGUUGACAGCAUCCGUAACGUCGACAAGUCGGACGCGUCGGACAAAGGUGAGAAGAACUCGGUCGAUGGAGAACUCAACAUACCAUCGGAGGUGCCGACGGAGGUGCACAACGCGGCUAUGGCGGCUCGUAGAAAUCGAAAGAGCAGUUCCGAACCUCUGAUCAUACAGAAGAUCACGCCGUCCGAUUCUGACGGCACUAAGAGUCCGCAGAAGAACAAGCGGAAGGCACCAGCGCCGCCGAAGAAUAGCAACGAAAUCACGAUGCCGUCCACGAAGAAAGAUGCCAUAGACACCAUCGAUAGCAUUGCCGAUUACACGGAAUCGUUGAGCGAUUACGUGAAUAAAGCGCGCGAGAACAUCGACGCCGCUGCGGAUGCCCGAAGACAUCGUCUAGAGAAUCAGCCGAUCAACAGACGAAAUUCCGAGUCGGAUACUGACAACGAAAUGCAAAACAGCUUUACGAUCGAGUUGAAUUCGGCGGACAUCACCAUUCAUCGCACGCCCGUGCCGGAGGCGGACGACGACGAGGACGACAUGUAUAGAAAAGCAGCCAGCCUGGGCGACCUGUCCAAGUACGAGAACAAAACCGCGGCGACCCUGGAGAGGGCGCAGAGCCUCGACAUGAGCGCCGAAACCGGGGCGAAGAAGCGCAAGGCGCCCUUGCCGCCCGAAGACAUCAACGAGUCUACGGAGGAUCUUACGAAGCUCGAUCAGAUCGAUACGUUCGAUCGACGGAAGCUAAAGAAAUCGAACGAAUGGGGCACUCUGGAGGAUGUGAUCUGGAACGAAAAUGUCACCGAAACGGAGGAUAAGACACGUGGAAAAGGGCGUACGAGAAAAAAGAGCAACGGCACUUUGGAGCGCUCCAAGUCUGCUGUGGAAAUCAAGCUGAAAGAAGACGACGUCGCUACAACGGCGACGACGGAUGAUGACGAAUCGGAACUUCCGCGGAAAAAGCCCGGCGAGGAGGAAAUUUCAAAUGAGGAAAUCGACAGCAUCGAGUUAUACAAUCUACCGUUGAGCAAACGAUUGACCGAGGAGUUUAUUCGCACCGAAAGGAUGUUCAAUCCGGACGAGGACAAUUCCUUGGCCAGAAUCGUGAACGACGGCGAGGUGGUGAAGAGUCCAACCCCGAAGGAAGUGGAGCUAGACUUCCAAUUAGCUAACGAGAAACGAUCUUCCGAAAAGAGCAAGCACGAGGCGGAGGCCGGAAACGAGCCGGAUAGUAAUUCCACGUCGGACAAGUCGGAGGACUUUAGUCGCGCCCUGCGCUACUUCGAGCUGCACGCGAGCGGCUCACCGACAACAAAGAUCAAUCUGACGGGCUGGAUGCGGCUGGAUGAGUUCAGGGAAGAAAGAGCACCUGUUAACGACGCGUCUCUUUAUGCCGAUAGACAAGUAGUUGUGGAAGAACCCAUCGUAAAAGUGACCGUAGAUCGACCAGCGGGUUGUCGCGGCUGCGAAGAUAGAUACGGCCAACAUAGCGCCGAGUGCAAGCAGGAGUGCAAGCAUGAAAAGCACGCCGAUCGACAGCAUCGCGUGACCGUUCGAUCCUUCUCAGAGGAUAAAGAAGUAAAACGGACAUCCACAUCGACGCAUCUGCGAGUGCAUGCGUCCAAAUCGGAAUCGUCGACCGAGCGUGACAAAUUUCAGGACGGAGAAAAGAACACGGAGGAUAAGAACGGUGAUAGCUUCUCCACGUUUCACGCGCAUCGGACAAAGUUCGAACAGCGGGGUACAGACGGACACUCACCAGUCAAGACGAAAUCACUGACCGACUCCACGUUCGCCGAUACGCAUUUCGCCAGACACAUCAUUAAUGUCUCCAGCCGCGAGAACGACGACGAGGAGGAAGAGGACGAGUACGAGUUCGGCUCGAACGUAACGGCGAACAGCAAGAGCCCGCCCUCGCCUAAGGAAGACCGUCACAACAUCAGCAGCGUCAGUGUGUCGAGCGGCGAGAACAGCGAGGACAGCGGUUUGGUCCGAGAGUCGAUGGAUUAUAACAAUCCGCAGAAUACGGAGAGCCAUCCACCUUUGCCUAGUACGCCCGUACCGCCAAACACUAUCCAAAAAAUGACCUACAUUACGGAGAUCAAGGUGUCGCCCAACAAAGAGGGCAUUCGCGAAAUCGACAGCGAAAACGAGGAGAUAACGACGGGGACCAACGGUGAGUCGCGGAAACUGGCGCGACACGAGAUCAAAGUGACGUCGAAUGGCAAACCUACAUCUGGUAAGAAGCCGCCGGUACCGCCCAGACGAUCGGACGUGACCAAGAGUCCGAGGGAAGACCGGACGGACAAACAAGUCGUCUACGUGUCCGAGUAUAAAUCUGCGACGGGCAAGGGAACUCAGAUCUUAGAUGCGCAUCCAGGAGCAGAUGUAAAACAAUCGGAGAAUAAAAAAUUUGAGCACUGGAUCUUUAGAGCUGACAAAGAACAGAAGAACUGGAGCCCCACUUCCGGCCAACCGCAGCCUGUAACGAACAUCGUUCUUUCAUCCAGGGAUGAUACGAAUUAAAAUAUUCACGAUCCUCGACUUCCUUGAGACAGAACGCCAACAGAAGUAAUUGUAUAUCACUUAGUUCAGAAAAGAGCUAAGUGAGCUAAGUCUUAUUUGAAAAAUGUUGGAAAUGAGAUUUCUUCGUAUGCGAUAUUUUUUACGAAGACAAAUAAUGAUUACAUCGAUUAAGGAUGUAUUACUCAUAUAAUUUUUGCAAAGUAAAUAAUUGAAAUUAGAAAAAUGUUAAUAUUUAAAUUUUAAAUAAACUAUACAUAUAUAUGGAAGUUAUGUGAAUAACAUCAUGUUUUUAUUUAUCUUAUUUGUUGUUAAAAAUUAAAUUAUUUUAAAAUACAAUAAAAAAUUAAAAAUUUUUUUUGCAUAAGAAUCAAGUAUUCAAAAUGAUUUAUGCAAAAUGUUGUUGUGAUUCUGAAAUUAGUAAUUGUUCUGUAAAUAAAUAGAUAAAUAUAUUUUACUUAUUUACAAAACCACUAAUCUCUGCAUCACUAUGAAAUUUCACAGAAAUUAUUUUGAAUACUUAAAUACUUGUAUAAAAAUUUCAGAUUUUUGUCAGCAUUUUUUAAUUAUAUUUCCAUUAAAAUUUACUUAAAAUUCACUUAUUAAAAUGAAUUUUUAUUCAGAUAUAAAAUCGCCAUCAAAAGAGCCCGGCUGUUUUAUGCUUUCAAAUGCAAUAUAAAACAAUUUAUAAUUUUUUCAAUGUUUUGAACAUGUGCGUAAUACGUCCUUAAUAGAAAAACGAUUGUAUUAUUGUUAAUAAUGUUCUUCGAGUUUUCAGAAAACUUAAGAACUUUUGGAUAACACUCUUUCUAGGAUAACCAAUUUGUGCAAAAGUUUCAAAAACCAAGGCUACGUGCCGUAAUAAUAAUUUUAAAAUAAAUAUUUUUAUAUUGAUGUAUAUAAAAAUUUUUGCAUCAAUUCUAGAUUUCUUUUUGUUUUUGACUUGGUUCCCUUUUUUCAGUCUUCAAUUCAAUUAGACCUCAAUAAAUGAUGUAAUGAUUAUGAAAAGUGAGAACACUUGUAAGUCUGAAAGGAGAGAAUAUGAUUAACUUUAUGUCACGUAUGUGUUGAUGCAUUUCUUGAAGUGAUACGUGUUUCACACACGACAUGUAUUAUAAAAUAUGUAAAUACGUCCCAAGCAACAGUUAGAUGCAAAAUACGUUUAAUAAAUGUGAAAAUACCAAUUUUAAACGUCCAAGCUGAUCAUUUAAAAUUUGAUGUGUUUUCUUGAAUUAUAUUUUUGUGACAAUAGCACAAAAAUAUGUUAAGUGUAAAUGAGAAUAUAACAACAUUGAACAUUUUAUUAUAAACAUACAAUAACACUUGUCACCGAUAAAAUCAUUAACAUUAUUGUAGACUUUCGUAAAUAGCGACAGGUUCGCAGAUGGCCAAUGGCCACUAUAGUGCCUUUCGGAACAAAAGGAUUAAUAAAUGUUAAAUAGGCGUUAAAAAUGUUUGAUAAACAUUUCUAUACAUCAUAAAAACGGCUAAAUGUUUUUUAAACGUGUUUAAAUGGUUCGCUUGGGAUUAUGUAAGCAGAAAAAAAUUUUUUAUGACUUUACUGAGAAGUUUUAUCUUCCAAAUGGGGGAAUAUCUUCGUCUAAAAUGUGAAUAUGUAAGAUAUUCAAAAUUAUUACAACACAAUUUUUUUUUUUAAAGUGAGAGUAGUGAUAUUAUUUCUCAGAUUUUUAUAUCAAUUUGUGUUUAAUUUGUUUCUUCUAAUUUCUGUGUGUAACUUAUCUUAGUAUCUUAGGGCCAAAAGAAUCGAUAAUAUUUUGACAAGUGUCAAGUAUCGCUGUGUUACAAAUACAAAUAAUACAAUGAGAUUUGCUCUAGAUAUAUUUACAAUAUUAUAUUUAUUUAUACAUUUUAGAUCAAUUGAAAAUUAAUUGAAAAAAUAUCCAUUAUGUCAAUAAUAAAUACGAGAUGUAUCGAGAUGUAUGCGAGAUAACCAGUAGAGUGCUGAGAAACUACGUGCCAUAAAGAGUAAUUAUGAUUAAAGGAGAUUACUUGAGGUAAAAUUGAACUGUAAAUGCAUGUAAGAUUUACAGUGUGCGUUAUAUAUCCGAUCGAUCAUCAUGUGAAUAAAUAAUAAGUUGUAAAUGCGAUAA